GGGGGCGGCGGGUGAACUGUCGCUUCGGGCGGUCGGCACUGGGUUCGGAGGCGAAGUUUGAGCGAUGUUCCGGUGUGCGUCCUCGAGCAUUUUGCGCCAGGUUUCUCAGGCCAACAAAUAUGGCCAUGGGAUCAGAUGGCAACAGACGGCGGCGGCCGGCCUCAACAACACGAUGUCGCCGGCGGAGCUGCGCGAGCGUCAGGCUGUGACCACCUUCGACACGGCCAAGAUGACCCACCUGCUGGACCACGACAACCACGAUAUGCGCGACCGCUUCCGACGCUACCAGCAGGACCCGGCCAGCUACAUGAAGCCCAAGUACAACAUCAGCCUGGAGGAGGAGCGGGAGGUGGCACUGCAGCGGCUCAAGGCCGUCUGCGAUAACGACUUCAUAUCCGUGCUGAACUUCAACGACAACCCGUACAAGAUCUUCGCCGCCCACGAGCUGGUCGGCAUCAUAGACCCGAGCACGUGCACCAAGAUGACGGUGCAGUUCAAUCUGUUCGGCGGCACUGUCCUGAAGCUGGGCACGGCGCGUCACCACGACAAGCUGCUCAAGGGCAUCGAUAAUCUGAACGACGUCGGCUGCUUCGGUCUGACGGAGCUGGGCUACGGAAACAACGCCGUGGAAAUGGAGACGACGGCCACGUACGACCCGGCGACAGACGAGUUUGUCGUGAACUCGCCGACCACGCUGGCGCAGAAGUACUGGAUCACGAACGGCGCCAUCCACGCCAAGUGGAUCGUGGUGUUCGCCCACCUGCACUUGAAGGGCACCAACCACGGUAUCCACGGCUUCCUCGUGCGUAUCCGUGACGACAACAUGAAGGUGCUGCCUGGCGUGACCGUCGAGGACAUGGGCAUCAAGAUCGGCCUGAACGGCGUCGACAACGCCAAGCUAUCGUUCGACCACGUGCGCAUCCCGCGCGAGCACCUGCUCAACAAGCACUCGGACGUGACGCCGGAGGGCGAGUUCCACUCGUCGAUCGAGGGCGCCCGCCAGCGCUUCCUCACCGUGGCCGACCAGCUGCUGUCCGGCCGCAUCUGCAUCGCCGCCAUGUCUGUGGGAGGCUCGAAGGCGUGUCUGGCCAUUGCCGCCCGGUACGCGGCCACGCGGCUGACGGUGGGGCCGCGCGGCAAGUCCGACAUGCCCAUCCUCAGCUACCAGCUGCAGCAGCGCGCCCUGCUGCCGCUCAUCGCGCAGACGUACGCCAUCAACCUGGCCGUCGACUACGUCAAGGAGCGCUGGUCGGAACAGCCGGAGGACGGCUCGCAGCACGCCGACAUCGUCACCAUGUGCUGCGCGAUCAAGCCCGUCGCCUCGUGGCUGUUCGAGCGCGUGGUGACCACGUGCCGCGAGCGCUGCGGCGGCGCCGGCUACCUCGCCUGCAACCGCUUCGGCGUCUUCAUGGGCUCGGCGCACGCCGCCAUGACGGCCGAGGGCGACAACUCCGUCCUCAUGCAGAAGGUGGCCAAGGAGCGUCUGGCCGUGUUCCGGCCGGCGAAGCCGGAGCCGUUCGAGGUGGACCUGGCCGACACGGCGUCCCUGCACAAGCUGCUGGCCGCGCGGGAGAACCUCACCUUCGGCCAGCUGGGCAUGAAGCUCAUGAAGGCGGGCAAGGCGGGCCUGUUCGACAGCUGGAUGCUGCGCGAGUCUGACCUGGUGCAGGCGGCGGCGCGUUCUUACGCCGACCGGCUGGUCUCGGAGCGUUUCGCGCAGGUGAUCGGCAAGCACGCCGACCCGGCGCUGGCGCCCGUGCUGCAGCAGCUGUACCAUCUCCACCUGCUCACCAUCGUGGAGGCCAACCUGGGCCACCUGGUCACCACCGGGCUGCUCCACCCCAAGGUGGGCGCCGGCGUGAGCGCCGCGGCCGCCGAGCUCUGCACCCAGCUGGGGCCGCACACGCUGCAGCUGGUGGAGGCGUUCGGCAUCCCCGAGGAGAUGCUGUCGGCGCCGAUUGCGCGCGACUGGGUCAAGUACAACGCCUACGACAACCAGGGCGAGGUGUGAGCCGCGCCGGCGGCGGACGGGGUCGAAGUCGGCGCCGGCGCGGUGCGAAGGCCACCGCCGGGCCAGUCACUUCAAACAACCAGCAAUGCAAUGGGUAGAAUUUACGAGAUGUUUAUCGUGGCGGUGAUAGAGCCGAUGGUUGUCGCGGCUGGUGGUAGAGCCGAUGGUUGUCGCGGCGGUGGUAGAGACGAUGGUUGUCGCGGCGGUGAUUACGGCGGUUGUGGAGCCGGGAUUGCGCUCCCCGCACGCCUGACACGACGGAUCGCCGAUGUGUACAGAAAACAAUGUGCGAAAAAAUAAUACAUGUAUUUCCUCAA